CCUCGCAGCAGUCAGUUGGGAGCUGGAGGGAGACGCAGGCGGUGAGCACCGGAGAGUAGCCGAGAGUGGAGCCGAGUGCCCUCAGCCCAAGGCGCCUUCUCUAGGUCCGCGCACCAACACCAUCACUGGGAGCCUCUAGGUGCCUCCGGGGGCCGCGAGGGCGCAUCAUCGCUCCAGCCCCUCCAUCAUCGCCCCAGUCCCUCGGUUAUUCCGUGGCUUUGCGGCGGACGGCACCUGGAGGCGGCCCCGGACGGGGAUGGUCAGAGGCUGCGGCCGUCUGGCACGCGAGCGGGACGCGGCGAGGGCACGAUGGUGCUGACCCCCGAGCACGGGUCCUCGGUGAGGCUGGGCCGGCCGGAGCUGUGGCUGCUGCUAUGGGCAGCCGCUUGGCGUCUGGGGGCCACGGCGUGCCCCGCCCUCUGCACCUGCACGGGCACCACAGUGGACUGCCACGGCACCGGGUUGCAGGCCAUCCCCAAAAACAUCCCACGGAACACCGAGCGCCUGGAACUCAAUGGCAACAACAUCACUCGGAUCCAUAAGAAUGACUUUGCCGGGCUUAAGCAGCUUCGAGUCUUGCAGCUGAUGGAAAACCAGAUUGGAGUGGUGGAACGCGGAGCUUUCGAUGACAUGAAGGAGCUGGAACGACUACGGCUGAACCGUAACCAGCUACACACACUGCCAGAACUGCUGUUCCAGAACAACCAGGCUCUGUCCAGACUGGACCUGAGUGAGAAUGCCCUCCAGGCUGUGCCCAGGAAGGCUUUCCGGGGAGCCACAGACCUCAAAAACCUACAACUGGACAAGAAUCAGAUCAGCUGCAUUGAGGAAGGAGCCUUUCGUGCCUUGCGGGGCCUGGAGGUGCUGACCCUGAACAACAACAACAUCACCACCAUCCCUGUGUCCAGCUUCAACCACAUGCCCAAGCUCCGGACCUUCCGCCUGCACUCUAACCACCUGUUCUGCGACUGCCACCUGGCCUGGCUCUCUCAGUGGCUGAGGCAGAGACCCACCAUCGGGCUCUUUACUCAGUGCUCUGGGCCUGCCAGCCUGAGAGGCCUCAAUGUGGCAGAGGUACAGAAGAAUGAGUUUAGCUGCUCAAGCCAGGGGGAGGCAGCACGUGUGCCCACUUGCACCCUCUCCUCCGGCUCCUGCCCUGCCAUGUGCACCUGCAGCAACGGCAUUGUGGAUUGCCGUGGCAAAGGUCUCACUGCCAUCCCUGCCAACUUGCCGGAAACCAUGACAGAGAUCCGCCUGGAACUGAAUGGUAUCAAGUCCAUCCCCCCAGGAGCCUUCUCUCCCUACAGAAAGUUGCGCAGGAUUGACCUGAGCAACAACCAGAUCGCUGAGAUUGCACCUGACGCCUUCCAGGGUCUUCGUUCCUUGAAUUCCCUGGUUCUCUAUGGCAACAAGAUCACAGACCUACCCCGCGGUGUGUUUGGAGGCCUGUACACCCUCCAGCUGCUGCUCUUGAACGCCAACAAGAUCAACUGCAUCCGGCCUGAUGCCUUCCAAGAUUUGCAGAAUCUCUCACUGCUGUCCCUGUAUGACAACAAGAUCCAGAGUCUCGCCAAGGGCACCUUCACCUCCCUGCGGGCCAUCCAGACUCUGCACCUGGCCCAGAACCCUUUCAUCUGUGACUGUAACCUCAAGUGGCUGGCAGACUUCUUACGCACCAACCCCAUUGAGACAAGUGGGGCCCGCUGUGCCAGCCCCCGGCGCCUUGCCAACAAACGCAUCGGGCAGAUCAAGAGCAAGAAGUUCCGGUGCUCAGCCAAAGAGCAGUACUUCAUUCCAGGCACAGAGGAUUACCAGCUGAACAGCGAGUGUAGUAGCGACGUGGCCUGUCCCCACAAGUGCCGCUGUGAGGCCAGUGUGGUGGAGUGCUCCAGCCUGAAGCUCUCCAAGAUCCCUGAGCGCAUCCCCCAGUCUACAGCCGAGCUACGUUUGAACAACAAUGAGAUUUCCAUCCUGGAGGCCACUGGGAUGUUUAAGAAACUUAUACAUCUGAAAAAAAUAAACCUGAGCAACAAUAAGUUGUCAGAGAUUGAAGACGGAGCUUUUGAGGGAGCAGUAUCUGUCAGUGAGCUGCACCUGACUGCCAACCAGCUGGAGUCUAUCCGAAGUGGCAUGUUUCGUGGUCUGGAUGGCUUGCGGACCCUGAUGCUGAGGAACAACCGUAUCAGCUGCAUCCACAACGACAGCUUCACGGGGCUGCGAAAUGUCCGGCUCCUGUCACUUUAUGAUAACCACAUCACUACCAUCUCCCCUGGAGCCUUCGACACCCUCCAGGCCUUGUCCACACUAAACCUCCUGGCCAACCCUUUCAACUGCAACUGCCAGCUAGCCUGGCUGGGUGACUGGCUGAGAAAGAGGAAGAUUGUGACAGGGAACCCACGCUGCCAGAACCCAGACUUCCUGCGGCAGAUCCCCCUGCAGGACGUGGCCUUCCCUGACUUCAAGUGUGAGGAAGGUCAGGAGGAAGGAGGCUGCCUGCCCCGCCCACAGUGCCCCCAGGAGUGUGCCUGCCUGGACACGGUUGUCCGAUGCAGCAACAAGCACCUUCAGGCUCUUCCCAAGGGCAUCCCCAAGAAUGUCACAGAACUCUAUUUGGAUGGGAACCAAUUCACACUGGUUCCAGGACAGCUGUCCACCUUCAAGUACCUACAGCUUGUAGACCUGAGUAACAACAAGAUCAGUUCCCUAAGCAAUUCCUCCUUCACCAACAUGAGCCAGCUGACCACGCUAAUUCUUAGCUACAACGCCCUCCAGUGCAUCCCUCCUCUGGCAUUUCAGGGCCUCCGUUCUCUGCGACUGCUGUCUCUGCAUGGCAAUGACAUCUCCACCCUUCAAGAGGGCAUCUUUGCAGAUGUGACAUCUCUGUCUCACUUGGCCAUUGGUGCCAACCCCCUGUACUGUGACUGCCACCUUCGCUGGCUCUCCAGCUGGGUGAAGACUGGUUACAAGGAACCAGGCAUUGCCCGCUGUGCUGGACCUCCAGACAUGGAAGGCAAGCUGCUGCUCACCACACCUGCCAAGAAGUUUGAAUGCCAAGGUCCCCCCAGUCUGGUAGUUCAGGCCAAAUGUGAUCCCUGCUUAUCCAACCCAUGCCAGAACCAGGGCACCUGCCACAAUGACCCUCUUGAGAUAUACAAGUGUGCCUGCCCCAGCGGCUACAAGGGCCGAGACUGUGAGAUGUCCCUGGACAGCUGCUCUAGUAGCCCAUGUGGAAAUGGAGGGACCUGCCACACCCAGGAGGGUGAGGAUUCUGGCUUCAUGUGUUCCUGUCCCUCUGGUUUUGAAGGACCCACCUGUGGGGUGAACACGGAUGAGUGCAUGGAGCAUACCUGUGUCAACGGGGGUGUCUGUGUGGAUGGUGUGGGUAACUACACCUGCCAGUGUCCCCUGCAGUAUGAAGGAAGGGCUUGUGAGCAGCUUGUGGACUUCUGCUCCCCAGAUCGGAACCCUUGUCAGCAUGAGGCCCCGUGUGUGAGCACCCCAGAUGGAGCCAGGUGUGAGUGUGUGCCAGGCUACACAGGUGACAACUGCAGUGAAAAUCAGGAUGACUGCAGGGACCACCGCUGUCAGAACGGGGCCCAGUGCGUGGACGAAGUCAACAGCUAUGCUUGCCUCUGUGCUGAGGGCUACAGUGGACAGCUCUGUGAGAUCCCACCUCACCUACCUGCUCCCAGAAGCCCCUGUGAGGGAACUGAGUGCCAGAACGGGGCCAACUGUGUGGACCAGGGCAGCCGGCCUGUGUGCCAGUGCCUGCCAGGCUUUGGUGGCCCAGAGUGUGAGAAGUUGCUUAGUGUCAAUUUUGUGGACCGGGAUACUUACCUGCAAUUCACUGACCUGCAGAAUUGGCCACGGGCCAACAUCACUCUGCAGGUCUCCACGGCAGAGGACAAUGGGAUCCUGCUGUACAAUGGGGACAAUGACCACAUUGCAGUUGAGCUGUACCAGGGCCACGUCCGUGUCAGCUAUGACCCAGGCAGCUACCCCAGUUCUGCUAUCUACAGCGCUGAGACGAUCAAUGAUGGACAGUUCCACACUGUUGAGCUGGUCACCUUUGACCAGAUGGUGAACCUCUCCAUCGAUGGCGGCAGUCCCAUGACCAUGGACAACUUCGGCAAGCACUACACGCUCAACAGUGAGGCCCCCCUCUAUGUAGGAGGGAUGCCCGUAGAUGUGAACUCAGCUGCCUUCCGCCUAUGGCAGAUCCUCAACGGCACCAGCUUCCACGGUUGCAUCCGGAACUUGUAUAUCAACAAUGAGCUUCAGGACUUUACCAAGACACAGAUGAAACCUGGCGUGGUGCCAGGCUGUGAGCCCUGCCGAAAGCUCUACUGUUUACAUGGGAUCUGCCAGCCCAACGCCACCCCAGGGCCCGUGUGCCACUGCGAGGCUGGCUGGGGAGGGCUGCACUGUGACCAGCCAGUGGAUGGACCCUGCCAUGGCCACAAGUGUGUCCAUGGGAAAUGUGUACCCCUCGAUGCUCUUGCCUACAGCUGCCAGUGCCAGGAUGGGUACUCAGGGGCCCUGUGCAACCAGGCUGGGGCAGCAGCAGAGCCCUGUGGGGGCCUGCAGUGCCUACAUGGCCACUGUCAGGCCUCGGCCACCAAGGGAGCACACUGUGUGUGUGACCCAGGCUUUUCUGGCGAGCUGUGUGAGCAAGAGUCCAACUGCCGGGGGGACCCUGUCCGGGACUUUCACCGGGUCCAGAGGGGCUAUGCCAUCUGCCAGACCACGCGCCCCCUGUCGUGGGUGGAGUGCCGGGGCUUAUGCCCCGGCCAGGGCUGUUGCCGGGGCCUGCGGCUGAAGCGGAGGAAGCUCACCUUCGAGUGCAGUGACGGGACCUCGUUUGCUGAGGAGGUGGAGAAGCCCACCAAGUGCGGCUGUGCCCCGUGCGCUUAGCGAGCGGGCGGAGCACUGGCAGCUGGGCUGGGGUGCGGGCAUCACCAGGACGGCGCCUGGGCCCUGGCCAGGACACUGAGGCGCCUUUCCAGGACUGCACUGCUGGGGCAGAGGGGCGAGGCUCGGGUGGCCACGCCCUCUCCCGAAGUGCCUUGCACAAAUAGGCGCUUAAUAAAUAUUUGUUGAAUGAAUGUGUGCGUGAGGUCAGACCACGGAUGGCAGAACGAGGGCACCCCUCUGCCUGCUACCUGGGACUGAAGGAGGCUAUUCCUUGUCCCAACCAGCCUCUCCCUUGGCCUGGGGUCCAGGCCGGCAUGGGGCAGAGUUAAUGUCCCGGAAGCCUCUGGCCCCUCUGAGAGUAAUUGCCUCCCAGAUCACUGGCCUGGCUUCUGCUGCCGCUCCUGCUGGCCACAGGUCACUAUCCAGGGAAGACUUCCUACCAUGGCCGUGGGACUGACUCUUUUUCUUUGAGUCAAGAGGCCCGCUGUCUCCACUGCUUGGGACAGAGGCUGGGGGUGGCAUGGUUAGGACCAGGCCUCUGGGUCCAAAAGUGUAGGAUGACCACUGCAACUUCUAUAAGGGGGUCUUGUGAAGGAAACAGCCACUGGGGCUGCUUGGGGUUGCAGAUCCCACCAAAGAGGGCAGGGGUUCUUGGCUGUGGCUGAAUAAACAUCACUGGCCACAGAAGGGACUCUAUGACUAGGCUCCCCCAACCAUGGCCAGUUAUAAGCUUCUGGUAUACCUGGCAGAGGGAUGGGGUGUGAGGGGCAGUUGGGCCUGGCCAGGACCUAUUUCCUUGAGGCUGGCUUACAGCUUUGUACUAAGGUCAUUAGGGAACAAUAGGAGGCCAAUAGUGCAGAUACCAGGGAGAACGCCCCGUGGUUCUGUGCAAACUUCUGUCUGCCCAGGCCUCAGGUCUGCAGCUAUGGAGCAAGGAGGUGGGCAGGAACCAUGUAGACUUUCCCACUGUGGUCAGAAGGGAGGUCUGAGGAGUCAGAAGACCCAUUUCUAUUGACUACAUUAAUAAAUACUGAUGUCCCUAAUCUGGGUUGGGCUCUAUGGGUGUUCAGCCCUAAUGUGAGCUAAUUCCUGAGCACCAUGGUGCAUCCAGAAUGAUGCAGGCUGCAGCUGCUCAUCCUGGUGUUUGCAGUGAAGGCUGUGUUUGAAACCCCCAGAUACAAGGCUGUCUGACAUAAAGGUUUCUCGAAGAUUCAGAGGGAAAAGAUGAGGUUUGAGCCUAAUAGGGAACUGCUGAAGGAAGAGUGUAGCCCUGGUGUGUGUGUGUGUGUGUGUGUGUGUGUGAUCUUUGUGGGGCAAGAGGGGAGCACAUCCCUCUGUCUGUGUGUGUGGUGUUGCUGGAUGGCCUUGUGCCUGUGUCCCUGCCCAGAUGGGUAAUGAGAGAGCUUUGACACUGAGACACAAACAUCCAGAGGCUGUGGAGCUCAGUACCUCCCAUCACAUUGGCCCUUAGGCCAGCCAGACUCCAGAUGGGAAGACUGCAGAAUUGUCUUCAUGUCUGGGUACACCCCUUUACCAGAGCGCCAGGCUCCGCUUUCUUGCAAGGUGCCUAAAGCCUGGCACAUCACUCCUAUCGCCUGUUCACACUUGUAUGGUCCUGGAAGAAGGCUGCCGUGAGUGCAACUCUACAAGAAAUCACCUCCACAUCUUGUCCCCUUUUGGUAAAGACCUGCUUUGUGGUCACUGUUGGCUAUUUCCAUUAAACAUACAAAGAAGAGACCUGGUGCAAGAAUCUACAGGGAGAUGGUACUUAGGCAGCACUGCUGACAGCAGCCAGAGCCCCUUGAUGUUAAGACAUGGAAAAGGCCAACUUUGUCUCCUCUUUGUCUGCUGUUAGCCUAACCGCAAAAGUAUCUCUUUAUACAGAAUACUUACAGAUUCUAAUAUAUAUUUGUAUUUCAUUUUGUUAUAGUAUUUUUAUAUGUUAAAGUCAACCUCCAGGGUCUUGUUUUGAUUUUCAGAUGCUAUGUGGUUGUGACCUUUUGUUUGGGAUUUCUGUUGUUUGGAUUGAUUUUUUGGGAGCUGCACCUGCCCUUUCCCCCAGAAGUAUUGUUUUAGAAUGUCAGUAUUGUCUGUUGUCUUCCAUAUGAACAUGACAUUG